AGGUUGUUCUUCAUCGAGCUACACGCACUCAUACCUCCAAGAUGAAGUCAGAAAUGUGGUGACGAGGACAGGCAAUGACUCCUGAAAUCUAGACAUCUUCUCGGCCAUGGGCGUUCAUACUGACGCGCAUCUCCAACUGCUCCACCAUUUAUCCCGGAUAUCUGACUACACCAACGUCAUAUUGAUGUUCAUCCAUAGCAAAUUCCUCAGACAAUGUGUCGUUGACUGUCUCUCGAACACAACACAGUUUCCAAGAGGCAAAUUAUGCGGCGCUCGCUUUUAUCAUGCCGGCGGUCGCUUUUAUCAUGCCGGCGGUCGCUAUGGAAUGUUCCCACAAGCCUAAGCAGACACAGACGCCUGCUCCAUACAUCGACAGACACUCCAUCAACAUCAAAAUCUGAAAAACAACCCUCUCCAUCAGCGACAGACUUUACGCCGUCUCUGAAACGUGCUCAGGCUACUUCUACAAAAGCUUCCGGAUUCUAUGAUUCGAAUUCGGCUUUCCAAUGGCAACCAGGCAGCGAACCUGGAAUUGACACUUCUGCUGAUGGCGUCGUCUCACAUGGCGAGACUUUUCCUUCCCAAAUAACAGCGGUGGACUUCAGUGAAGAUCAGAUCGAACAAACUGAACUGGACAACAAGUCUUUGGAGAACUUCCUCAACAAACCGAGGCCGGAAUGGGCAAGCUGUCGAUGGAUCAACGUCAACGGACUGAGUUGGGAUGUCAUUAAGCUCUUGGGAAAUCACAAGAAACUACACCCUCUGGCCAUCGAGGAUUUGAUGCACACUGGGAACCGAACAAAGGCAGACUGGUACCCAGAGCACGCUUUCAUCAUCCUGACACUACAACGACUCACGAGACUCUCAUCGCAAAAUGGUCUCAGCGACACCGACAUUCAAAAAGCUCUUCUGACCACGGACGAUCGUCACUCAACUCACAGCCGCAGCGGUAUCACCUGGGAAAGUGAGAAGACUUUCCAACCACCAGACAACCAAACUCACCUCCGGAGUCUGCAGUCUUACCGGGGGGACAGAUCACCAGAGCGAGUUGCGUACAUGGAGAAGAACUCCAUUCUUACACGCAAGAGUCUCGGCGUUUCUAUCGAGCAGGUCAGCGUAUUCCUUUGCAGUGACAACACUGUCGUCUCAUUCUUCGAACACUCCGGCGAUGUAAUCGAGGAACCUAUCCUCAAACGUUUGAACUCGCCAGAGACCAUCUUACGCCGAAGUGGCGAUGCCUCAUUGCUUGUACACUCGAUCAUAGAUGCAAUCACCGAUCUCGCCAUACCAAUCGUUGCCACCUACGAAAAAUCCAUCGCAGAGCUAGAAAUGGAUGUCCUUACUGAACCAGCAAUCGGACACUCGAAAGCACUUUACAUCUUGACAUCUGAGUUGUCAAUGCUGAGACAGCAGAUGCAACCGAUAGCAAGCUUGAUCAACAGCUUGCGGGACCACUACAAUACCACUCAAUUCCUCAACCGCAGUCCUUCGCCGGCAAACCCCAUUCCGAACCUCGCUCGUCGUGGUGCUGGCCCUGCAACACCAAAGACACAGACACAGUCCUCGGUCACGAUUUCGCCGGCUGCUCACACGUACCUGGGAGAUGUGGAAGAUCAUUGUAUCAUGAUCAUUGCAUCUCUGGAUCAGAUGCGUACGCAGAGUGACAACAUGAUCAGUUUGAUCUUCAACACAAUGGGAGCGUAUCAAAACGAGAGUAUGCAGCAGUUGACCUUUGUCACCAUUCUGUUCUUGCCUUUGACUUUCCUGUCUGGCUACUUUGGCAUGAACUUUGAGGAGUUUCCACCACUGAAAAAUACCCAUAUGUUCUUCUGGUGGCUGGCUCUGCCCAUCACUUUCGGCAUGGUGGUCAUUCUUCUGCGCCAGAGAUUGUUCCGCACAGCAAGGAGAUGGUUAAAUCCUGGCUCCCGUCAUCAUAGACAUGCUAUGCGCGAGCAACGCAAACGACAAUGAUCGAUCUCAACAGCGCCUCCUCCACUUAAUACAACAGAACGUUCAGACGAAGAUUAUCUGCUGAAGGAAGAUCCAUUGAGCUCGGUAUUCUUGCAAUGCUACAAAGAGAUUACAGGACUUGGGUAGUGGUUGGUCUGAUAUUCCGUAGUACUUUAUACCCUCUUGUAUAAAAACGCUCUCACUCUUUGU